AUGCCUUCACUCCCCGGUCUGGUUGUUCUCAACCUCCCCGGUUGGGGGCAGAUUUGUUCCCGACCAUGUGAGCGCUCUGACCGGAAAACACCCCGGCCGAACGGAGUGGAGGCAGGCAGAAGAAAGAUGGCAGCCGCGGCAGUGGCUGAGUUUCAGAGAGCACAGUCUCUUCUUGGAACAGACCGGAAUGCCUCUAUCGAUAUCUUGCAUUCAAUAGUGAAGCGGGACAUCCAGGAGAGUGAUGAGGAGGCUGUGCGUGUUAAAGAGCAGAGCAUCCUGGAGCUGGGUGGGCUGCUGGCCAAAACUGGACAGGCUGCAGAGCUCGGGGGUCUCCUGAAGUAUGUACGGCCCUUCCUCAACUCGAUCUCCAAGGCCAAGGCAGCCCGGUUGGUCCGCUCCCUGCUGGACCUGUUCCUGGACAUGGAGGCUGCCACUGGUCAGGAGGUGGAGCUCUGCCUGGAGUGCAUAGAGUGGGCCAAAGCUGAGAAGAGGACUUUCCUCAGACAGGCAUUAGAGGCUCGUCUCAUCUCGCUGUAUUUCGACACAAAAUGCUACCAGGAGGCACUACAACUUGGCUCCCAGUUGCUGCAGGAGCUGAAGAAGAUGGACGACAAAGCCUUGCUGGUGGAGGUUCAGCUGUUAGAGAGUAAAACAUACCACGCACUUAGUAACCUGCCCAAGGCCCGCGCCGCACUCACAUCUGCCAGAACGACCGCCAACGCCAUCUACUGCCCGCCCAAACUACAAGCAGCUUUAGACAUGCAGUCAGGGAUCAUCCACGCAGCAGAAGAGAAAGACUGGAAGACGGCGUACUCUUACUUCUAUGAGGCGUUUGAGGGCUACGACUCCAUCGACAGCCCCCGGGCCAUCACAGCCCUCAAAUACAUGCUUCUCUGCAAAAUCAUGCUCAACCUGCCGGAGGAUGUGCAGGCCCUCAUCAGUGGCAAACUCGCUCUGCGAUAUGCUGGAAGACAGACAGACUCGCUGAAAUGCGUGGCACUAGCCAGCAAGAACCGGUCGCUUGCAGACUUUGAGCAGGCACUAACAGAAUACAAAGCAGAGCUAAGGGAUGACCCCAUCAUCAGCACCCAUCUGACCAAGCUGUAUGAUAACCUGCUGGAGCAGAACCUCAUCAGGGUCAUCGAACCGUUCUCCAGAGUCCAGAUAGCACACAUUUCCUCCCUCAUCAAACUCUCUAAGGGAGACGUGGAGAGAAAAUUAUCACAGAUGAUCCUGGACGAGAAGUUCCACGGUAUUUUGGACCAAGGUGAAGGAGUGCUGAUAGUUUUUGAGGAGCCUGUGGUUGACAAGACCUACGAGGCGGCCCUGGAGACCAUUCAGAACAUGAGCAAAGUGGUGGACUCGCUCUACAACAAAGCCAAGAAGCUCACAUAAGAGAGACUGAAACCAUCGCUCCUCCUGUCUGGAGAGGUGCGGGCCAGUCAGACCUCUGUUGAUCAAUCAGUUCAACCCGGGAGGGACGAGGGGAGGAGGAUGAGGAGAUUACAAACAUUCAACGACCCAGCAAGCAAGCAAACAAAUAAACAAACAAACAAACAAACCAACAAACCAGCUGAUAAGUGAAGAUAACCUAACAGAACAACAAACUGCCUGGGUAGACAUGCUGCUCCUCCUGGUCCUCCCUCACACUUAUUCUCCCCGUCCUUUCCAUCUCCUCCUUCUAAUCUGACUGGGGUUGAUCUGACACAACGUGGACAAAUCCAGGCACUGUGCCCCUACUCUCUCCUCCUAUCACUGGUUUCUACUGUAUGUAAAAUUGGACGAGCCUCCCUGUCCUUUUUUUCCUGUUUCUCUCUGCGCUGGCCAUCAGGGAAUCUUGUAAAAUAACAAUAAAUGCAUAUACAAUACUUAUACAUACAUGUAUUAUAUAUAAAAAAAAAACUUGCCUGGUCUGUUCUCAGAGUGUAACCGGGUAUAAUCUUGGGUUGGUUGGUCUUUGUCUCUCACUGUUCAGUUUGCCAACCAGCCCUGGAACUGAAUGUUUGAAUAUCUUAAUUUUUCUGCGGUUUUGAAGAAUCACCCGACAAGUCACCUGAAGAAUGGUUUUAAAAAGAGGCUGUGAGAGCAGCCCCUGCCUUCUCCUCACUCUAACCUUUUCCCCCCCUUCACCUGUUCCCCCCGAGUGGUAGAAAUCGCUCACAAGGCAUUCUGGGGUUCGUGGACCAUACAGGGAAUCGUCCGCUCGGGACCAUGCCACAAGGAAAGGAGGAUGUUAAUCACCACACUGGGGUCUCCUGCACCCCCUUGCUCCUCCCGCCCGCACUCCAACUUCCUGUUUGUAAAUAACAAAGCCAAGCGCCACUGUUCGUCCCAGGCCUGAUGUAUCCACACUGUCCCCUUUUUUUAUAAUGGGUUAAGAACAGAAUGAACUUUUUCGCUCAGAGCUUGGUCAGUCACACUAAGUGCUUUUGAUGCUCGACAUGUGGCUGGAGACUGGACUCUGCAUUUUGAGAUGUGAUGGUUCGUUGUGCAGAAAUUGUGGGUUUCGCAUAAGAAAAUCAAGCUGUACAUUUCUGGGAACUCAAUUUUGCAAGGACUCGGGGGUUACCAUAUAUGACAUAGAGAAAGACAAAUGCUAAUAAAAAAGAAUUAAACCUGCAA